AUGAAAACUAAUAGGGUUCUGUUUGCUUGUAUCCUGUUAAGCUUUUUGUUUUUCAAAUCUGCUUCUGCUGAGAAUAAAGUUAACUACUUACAGAGCUACUGCUAUGAAACCGGGCAUUACAUUCGAGGAAGUGAAUACCAAAACAGUCUUGAACUCGUACUAUCUAACCUCACCCUCAAAGCCAAAACAAACAAAUUCCACAACUAUAAUACCACUGUAAUCCACGAUGAUCAGAAAAACAGAACAACAAAAGUGUACGGCCUUUUCCUCUGCAACAGCGCGAUGAGCACUGAGAUAUGUCAGCAUUGUGUCAUGAUCGCAUCAGGAGAAAUUCAAACAAGAUGUCCAUCGAAUGUACAAUCUAUCAUCUGGUAUUUAGAAUGCAUGUUAUGGUAUGCAAAUGUUGAUGUAUUUUCUAAGAACAAUGUUGACGUGUUCUUCAACUAUCCGCUUAAUGCUGAUAGAGAAAACUACGGCGAGUUCAAUAAUCAAUGGAUAGAAACAUUUGUGAACCUCUUCAAUAAGGCUACUACUACUACUACUACUAGUGGGAAUAAUUCUACAUCACUUAUGUCAGCCUUUGUAGAUGUUGCUGUUACAGGUGAUGUAACAUUGGGUUCUUAUGUCGAAUGUACUCCUAAUCUAAGUCCCUUAGACUGUAGGAAAUGUUUACAGACAGGACUUGGUAGGCUGCCAAAAAAUGGUGUUGCAUCAGGAGUUCUUCUGCAACCAAGUUGUAGAUUGAUGUAUGCUUUCAAUAGUUCUAGAAUCUUGAAGUCUCCUGCACAAGCACCUUCAAACCAGAGUAUGGUUCCUACCACUAAUAGCAAGGGUAUAUAUAUUGCUGCGGGUCUCAUUUCAGCAGUUGCAGCAGUAGCUGUGCUUAUGAAUGUAUUUCUCUGUUUGAAGAUUAGACGAAAAUCUGACAAGAAGCCUAAUGGUAAAUUUCAGCAGUUGCAUAAGCAUAAACAGAUACAAAAAUGGAAAAUAAGUUCCAAUAUCCUGGUAGCAAUUACCCAGAAUGACCUUCUGUUGUCAUUGCAGGGCUGUCUGAGAGUGAUAGCAUGGAAAGCCUACAUUUUCAGUUUGAUACCAUCAAAGAAGCCACUGAUAACUUUGCCCCAGAAAACAAACUUGGGCAAGGUGGAUUUGGUGAUGUUUAUAAGGUAUGGCUAG